AUGUUUAGGACAGAUAGUGGCAACAAUCGAAGUGACAACAAUGAAGAACGCAAGUACCUCUGGGAAAAUAACCUAGACGUCAUCCUUCAACGUCAUCACAUCCCAACUCCAGAUGCCAAGUAUACCAAUGCAUUCCAAGAUUUCCUUGUAAAGUAUUUGAGAAAGUAUAAGACAGAGGAUGAAUUGGUGAAGAGAUUCAGUAUUUUCUCAAGGAAUAUGGAUUUGGUAGAGAGAUUUAACAAAGAAGACCUCGGGAAAGUGACCUAUGAACUCAAUGACUUCACUGACUUGAGUGACGAAGAAUGGAAGAAAUUUUUGAUGUCACCGAAACCAAAGAGUCCAUCAAAAUCAGCAGCCAAGCCUUCCGCUCUAAAAGAAAAACGAGUUAUCCCAGAAUCCAUUGACAGGAGAAAUGUGAAAGGAAACAACCAUGUGACCGGAAUCAAAUAUCAAGGACCGUGUGGAUCCUGUUGGGCGUUUGCUACAGCGGCGGCUAUUGAAUCCGCUGUGUCGAUUAGUGGAGGUGGUCUGCAGAGCUUGUCUUCGCAACAGAAUGCCUCUGUAAUAAUCACAUGGUGUUUUCUAUCAGCUCCUCGACUGCCUGUCUCCGAUAAAUGUGGUGGUGGUGAGCCAGUUGAGGCUCUCUCUUAUGCUCAAUUCCAUGGAGUCACCAGUGCUCGCAGCUAUCCAUACUACUUCUGGUCCACAACAUGUCGGGAGAAUGUUCCAACUGUUGCGAAGAUUUCUACCUGGGCAGAGGCUGAAAGUGAAGAAGAAUUGGCGGAAAUGGUGGCACUCAAGGGGCCAAUGAUUGUCUGUGCUAACUUUGCAACUAAUAAGAACAGAUUCUAUCACAGUGGUAUUGCAGAGGAUCCGGAUUGCGGCACCGAACCAACUCAUGCUCUAAUCGUUAUCGGAUACGGUCCAGACUACUGGAUUCUCAAGAACACUUACAACAAGGUGUGGGGAGAAAAGGGAUACAUGAGAGUGAAAAGAGGUGUCAACUGGUGUGGAAGCAACACGGAGAAACCACUUUUGCCUAUUUUGUAA